AUGAUGGCGAUGACAUUAAUGAAGAGGCUGGGCGAGAAGAAGAAGCAGGGCGUGUGUCGGAAACAGAUGGUGAUGGGGAAGAUGAUGGUGAACGUACAGAUUGUGGAGCCGCCAGUGAAAUAUCACGCGACCUGGGAGGACUGGCAAUCGUACUUCGAGGACUACUGCCAAAGGACGCUGCAAGUGAUUCCUGUGAAGGAGACCAUGUCCAGGGCGGAGCGCAACAAGAGACUCAAGAAAACGAAGAAGGGGGAAGACGAGUCGCAGUUGGUGCCCGAAGGCUUCGACCCGUACCAGCGUACAUACAUUUGCACGCACGGGUGGAAAAAGAGGAAGUCCCGCAGUGAAGGAAGUCGGCCGCGGCAGCACAUUCGCCUCACCAAUUGCCCAUUCACUUUCGUGGUGCAGUGGUAUUUUGCUCGAGGAAUGCUGACUGUUGGUGCCAAGAGGUCACGAAUCUACGAUUACCUGCUGGAGCAUGACGAAAACGUCAUCCAGAGCCACAUGGACAAUCUGGCGAGAGUCCAUGCAUCAUCUGUUUCGAACGCGGACGAUAACGACGCUACAGCAAGGGAGAUUGCAGUUUUCCAGGUGGCUGACCCUGAAAACGUUUCGACUGUGUCCGAGACGCCCUGUGGAGAGACGAGAGUGUUAUCACUCGUGUCAAAGCACAUGCGUCGCGUUUACAGCAGGUUCAGUGAGCUUCUACUCGUCGACUGCAGUCACAAGACCAACAGAUUUGUUGUUGAGAUAUGUCCAGGAUUAAUCAUGUACUGA